UAUGUAUGUGUGCAAGCUUUGCAACAAAAAGAAAAGCUUUAAAUGCCCUGUGUCUUAUUUGGUCAUAAAUCUUAGGGUGUGAGUUACAUACCUCCAUGACAUGUAUUGCACACACCCACCAUCCAUGUCAGUGUGUGCACCUAAGACUAGUAAAGCUGUUUUACAGACAUCAUUGAGCAGAAUACAAAAUACCCAGCCAAGUGUUAAAAGCCUGUAGUUUUGGCUGCUCGAGAGGCUGAGGCAGGAGGAUUAUGAAGUAUGCCUGGGUCUUUUAUCAAGACACUGCCUGAAAAAAGAGUUGGGAUUGUGGUUCUGUAGGGGAGCAUGCUGGAAGCCUGGAUGCUAUCCCAAGCAACCACCAAACAAAGGGGAACCAAGCACAUUGCCAGAGUAGAAAAGCCUCGCAGUGAGCAACCUAGGUUCUUAGAGUACUGCAUGAGAAUCAUCAUUUAAUGGUCUGCCAUUGUAGUCUACAGGCUGCAACCGAGAAUUAGGAAAAGGCAUUUUUUCCUCAUACACCCCAUCCCUUGUCAAAAAGUGUAGAUUUUUACCUGCUAAUGAUGUAGCCAAAUAUAGAAGUAUUGUUCAACUUACGUAGGAUUCAACUUGACUGCUCUUAAAACGGGAGAUUUCAGAUAACAUUGUAAUUUACAGUUUCCUUUAAAAAUCUGCUGACGAUAUGAGUUGAUUUCCCAAGUUAGUAAUCAGAUUGCAGCCUGAAGUGGAUGGCACCAGAAUGUACACGUGAAAGACAUUCCGGUAGAAUAAUAACGUCUUUCCCAACUCAGCCCAUAAUUUAUAGCUAUAUUGAUUUAUCAUUUCUCCCUAUUUUUCCUAUUGCAUAUAGAGUUUUUGGCCUUGAAUAUGAAGUUGCCAUUUCUCAGAAAGAGUUCCUAUGUCCAAAUCAGUGAAUUUGGAGUAUAUAUAGCAUUCCAGCUUUUACUUUUUAAUUUUAAUAUUACAAGACAAGAAACCUUUGUAUGGUUUCCUUAACUGUUUUCUAGGUUUUUACAUCGUCGUCACUCCUUGAAUUUUGUUCAGUAUAAAACUAUCAUUUUCUGAAUCAUAUCCAGAGUCUUGAAAAACAGAUAACUGAUUAUGCUAGUUCUGUUAGGGUUCAUCAAAUCUAUAUUCUAAACACUGCAGACGGCAAAACAAGCCUAGUCCACACCUUCAUUUCUUGCUGUUACAUGUGUGUUUCUAGUUUACUUACAGUGUGUGGUUUGCCUAGACUUGUUGAAUGAAAUAGGAAAUUAACUGCGCUUGCUGAGUUGUAAAGAGGAAGGGUUUGCUUAUCAUUGGGUGUAUACACAGAUGGGUUUUAAACCAAAGUAAGAAUUUUUUUUUUUUUCUGGCCAAGACACUGAUUUCUGUCAAUUUCAGAACUGGCGUGAUGCCUCCAGUAGCCUAGCAGGAACAAACUAGCUGAUACGGUCAUUUCUCUCUGUAGUGCUAGACAGUAGAACAGGUGCCUUGUGCACGCUAGGAAAGUGUUCGACCAACUCUGACUUUAAAUGAUUUCACUCAGAUUACAUGAGUUUACAGCACAGCGAAAGCUGGUCUCACUGCAGAAGUUUUCUCUCAUACCUCAUUGAUGAACGGAAAAACAACAUUUUGAAGUAGUGAUCUAAGAAGGUAUCUAGGAAGAAAAGAUUGGUUUUUUUGUUUUUGUUUUUGUUUUUUUUUUCUUUUCUUUUUUUCGGAACUGGGGACCGAACCCAGGGCCUUGCGCUUGCUAGGCAAGCGCUCUACCACUGAGCUAAAUCCCCAACCCCGAAAAGAUUGUUUUAAACCAACUUUUGGGCUUGGAGAUAUCUGUGAACCAGCAGGUAUCUAUCGCUGAAAAAUUGUUGAGACAAAAAAAGAUGGAUUCCAGAUAGAGACUAGGUGUCUAAUAUAGGCUAACUACAAAAGUAGUUGGGGCGAUUUUGAACACUUACAGAGGACAGCUAGUAACUUCUGAGUAAGCAUGGCUUCUCUAGAGCAAUGCCAUCGAAUGUAGUAUGUGUUCUAAGCUGCAGACAGAGGGGUAUUAUGCAGAACAAAUAGUGAUUUCCUCGAUUGGUUUUAAGAUUAAAAUUCUAGUAUUGAACUGUUGCUAUAGUUUGAUCUUGCAUGUUCCCCAAAGUCCUGUGUUAAAUUCUUGGUUCCCAUCUCUAGCACUUUGGGAAGGUGGUGGAGCCUUAAGGAGGUGGACUCUCUUCUCUCUCUCUCUCUCUCUCUCUCUCUCUCUCUCUCUCUCUCUCUCCCCCCCCUCCCUCCCCUCCCUCCCCCUCUCUCCCAUUCCUCAUCUUGCCCUAAAACAGUUCUACCCUUUAAGUUGAUGCUCAGGUGAGGCUGUAUUCACCCAGCAGCACAAUGAGAACAAAAACAAAGCUUUUGUGAAAUUUGUAUUCUAGCGCUGUAAAGCCUAAGUGGAGAAGACAGUGGUCGAGGCUGGAGUACAAGAUAACGGAAGGUGGAAGAGAGCCUUUGGUAGAAGCUCUUAGAUGUUGUGGGCUCCACUUAGGGCCAACAAGCAAUUGAAAAGCUGUAGCCAAAAGCAUUAGACUGUCAUGUAAAUGUUCACUUAUAAAGCAUUGUUUCUGGUUCCCAGAGUUUAGUUUAGUUUUGUUUUGUUUUUCUUUUUUUCGGAGCUGGGGACCGAACGCAGGGCCUUGCGGUUGCUAGGCAAGCGCUCUACCACUGAGCCAAAUCCCCAACCCCAAGUUCCCAGAGUUUUAAAGUGGUAUUUGUUCCAUCAAAUAAUGGAGCUUUUAACUAAGGGGCUGUCCAAAAUAAAACCUGAGUCUCCAGCUUAAUAGGAGUUACUGGGUAAUGUUUGCUAGAAACUAGACUACAGAAAGAUGACAGUGUUGGAGUUUUAAAGGUUCUAACCCAUUAAUUCCAAGAGAUUAAUUUCUUGAAGACCGUCAGUAAAUUGAAAUGACUUUGUUCAAAGGGAGAGUUUUUGGAUUUUGCUUGGUUUAUUUUUUUAUUUUUUAACUCUUUAAAAUGUGUAUGAAUAUUUUGCCUGCAUGUGUGUCAGUGUCCUUGGAGGGAGAACCAGGGCAUCGGAUUCCUGAGAACUGGAAAAGGUUGUGAGCCACCAUUGGGCUGGGGUGGGGAUGGGGGUGGGGGGAAGGUGGAAAUUGAAGAGCAGCUGAUUAACACUGAACCAUUUCUCCAGCCGCACAGAGGAAGUUUAAAAGGCAGGCACGAGAUCUGAAAACUGGAGUCUGGCAAUAUAGAGAUCAAGCUGCCGUGGAGACGUGGUGGAUACAAAAGGGUCCUAAGUUCCCUGUGUGACUUCCAGGAGACAGAAAUGAGAGCUAAAUGUCAGAUAUGCUUAAACACAGUAUUUCGAGAUCUUGUUGUGAUGCAAGCAGGGAAGGGAAAAGACGAUUACAGAAAGAGAGUAAAGUAAUUCUCUAUUUGCCCUGUGCCUGAACUGUUUUGAGAGAGUGAAGAGUGAACCUUGGAUUGGGGGUGGAAAAAAUGGCCAUCAAAUUUUUCCUUCUGCCUCACCCCCUCUCUACCUUUACAUAAAGCCCUUGUUUUUCCUAACAAAAUUAAAUACUAAAGAUUUAAGUAGCAAGGAGGAGGUAAGUGCUAUUUUUAGACUACCCACUUAUCCACCUCAACAGUUCAUCUUCAAACCUGAAUGAAUGGUCCUCCAAUUACGGAGAAAAUUAAUCCAGAAAUGCAGACAACAGGGCUGGGAUGUAGAUCAGAUGGUAGAAUGGUGCCUAGCAUGCACAAGCCUCUGGGAUUGAUUUCCAGUGCCAUCUAAACCGUGCAUGUUGAUGUCUACCAGUCCCAGCACUUUGGGAAUGGGGGCAAGAAGACCAGCAAAUGAAGAUCAUCCAUGAAUUCAGCUACAUAGUUUGAGACCAGGCUUGGCUCCUUGAGACCUUGUGUCAACAAAAAAACCCUUGGAGGCAACAGGAUAAAGGAUAGUUUGGGCAUGUUGCAUAGAUAAGCAUCACAACUGGCCGAUAAGAUAGUAUAGGAAGGAAGUUGACAAAACAGAAGAGAAGCAAGCAAGAGCCCAGCCAGGAGUAUCCGGGAGAGUUGGACAAAUGAGCAUAGCCAUCCAGAAGCCCUCACCUAGUGUGGCGGCCCAGGCAGAGGCAUAUCUGACUUUCUUACUGGGUGGUGUCCGGGCUUGAGAAAGAUUAAUUCAAAAGCUACGAUAGGCUAAUGACAUUACCCCUCUCUGCCCUGUAUGUGUGAGCUGAGUUUGGGAUUGAUUCUCCCUGUAGUUGCUUGUGAGAUUGGCAGAUGCCAGUCAGGGCAAUAAUGCUUGGUUGGCUAAUCUUGGUAUAGACUCAUGCCAAGCAGAACUAACCAUUUUAUGAUCCUAUGACUUGGUGGCGGCGGCGGCUGCGGCUCAGCCAUGUGAGUCUUAACUCUUGAUUGCAUGAGUUCUGUCUACAUUUCCUCUUUUGACCUUUGAUUCACUAAGUAUUGUCAGUGUUUCCAUCUCAAACUUGGCUCAAGUUGCUCUAUGUGAAUGGCUGAGUCAUGAACUCAUCCAAUGCCGCCUUUUCAAACGCAGGUGGGUAUAUUCCAUUUUGAGACCCACUUCCUGCUUAUUCUCUAAGCCUUUAUUAAUUUCACGGCUCACGCUCCUUUUAGUGUUAAUUGGGAAGCAGCUAAUGAAAAGAGUUGGGCAUAUUCCUGCCGGAUUUCCUGCCCCCAUUCUUGAUUCCUGCAACUAUUUUGUUAGACAUUUCUUUGUAAAUGAGAAAAAAAAAAAUAAGGCUGAUGGAAUCGUUUUCUUCCUCUGCAUCAAAUGGUCAUUAGUUUUUCCAUUUACUCUUCAGCCCACAAUGAUCUAGGUUCUGAUCCAAGGCUUCCACAGGAACUCCUCUUGCUGGGAUGACAAUGACUUUCCAGUUGUUACAUCCAGGGAACAUUUUUUAAUGAUUAACUCACAGAGGACUCUCUUCUGCACUCUGCCUCAACAAUCACAGCCUGCCUCAUUGUUUUCAGAACUGUAGUCGUCUAUACUGGAUCCUCUUCUCUGAGCUGCCCUCCCACCCCACCCCUGUCUUUCUGUUUCAUGUUCUUAUCCUGGUAUGUAUGUAUGUAUGUAUGUAUGUAUGUAUGUAUGUAUGUAUGUAUGUAUUCACACCCUCCUUAAUGGACAUGUUCUUUGCACAGGCUCUCUCCAUAGGCAGGAGAAAAGUUUCCCUUUCUUGACAUCAAUUUGAGGUAGAUUAUUUGCAUAGCGGGGAAUGUGACUGCUCACAUAAAUGCUUCAAAUCUAAGUAUAUAAGGCUAAGCACAAGCAGCCUUUUCCCACAGACCCCCUAAUCCUGCCUGUCUUGUCCUUGCCUUACUCUCUUCCUUUCUCUCCAUUGCUGUCUAUCCAGUUAUCCAAACCAGAACUGGAAAGUCCUGUUUGGCUCCUCUUCCUGGCCCCUCCCAACCCAUGCAAUAUGUAGGAAUUAUUAUUCUGCAUCUUGAGGUUUUGGGUUUGUUUUCUUGUUUUGUUUUUUUUUUUUUUUCUCACAGAUCUGGGAAAUCUAGAGUUAGGCUGACAGUAUCUCUCACCUGGAUUCCUGACAGAGUCCCCUCAAGUCUGCCCCUUCCUUGUUUUCUCAGAAACCUUUUAAGGCUUAAAUGCAGAGUAUGCCACGAUCAGAUAUGAGUUUAAAACUCUGCCCUUGGUAUUCACUGCUCUCAGGAGAUACUGGAAUCUCAGAAAACACUGAAAGCUCUCCAGACCUUGCUUCUGUGUGCCUCACCAUGUCUUUUCAUCCCAUCCUUGAUCGAUACCUGUAUAAAACUUAAGUGGCUAAGUUCAAUACCCCAUACCCGUCUCCUCUUCAGGAAGCCUUCUAUGAUCCCGUAGAGUAGAUUGGGAGUUUCUCUUUAGUACUCCAGUACCCAUGAUGGUUCCUUCACUGUACUCAAUAUUGUCCCAUGACUAUGCACCUUCAUCAGUUGGGAAAGGAUAAGAACUGCGAAUUCCAAGAUUUUACACAUAGUAAACUCCUAGUGAACUUGUUGAAUGAAUCAAUGACUGUCCCAAAAUUAUCAUGCAAGUAAGUUACAAAACUGGAACCAGAAAAUAUCCUAUUAAAAAUAUUAAAAAAAAGAAUAAAUGUGGGCUGGAGAGAUGGCUCAGUGGUUAAGAGCACUGACUACUCUUCCAGAGGUCCUGAGUUCAAUUCCCAGCAACCACAUGGUGGCUCACAAUUAUCUGUAAUGGGAUGCUCUCUUCUGAAGUGUCUGAAGAGAACUACAGUGUACAUAUAAAUAAAAUAAAUCUUAAAAAUAAAUGUUUAUUCUCAAACUAGUGUUCAUUUUACCAUUAUAAUUUGCACAUUGCUUUUUUUUUUUUUUAAGUCCUCAAGGAAUUGAAGUUUAAGGGGCCAAUUUCUAUUACAGGAUUCCUCUUCAAAGUUUUAAAAUUAUUUUUGAUUUUCAGUAGUGCAUGCUCAGGACUUUAAUUUUAAAGGAUACGUGUUCACACUUUUAAUUUCCAUUUGCUAUUUCUUCUACAUCAGGAUGUCAAUCUUGUUAUUACAGCCUAGAUUUUCUUUUUGCAGAUGUGUAAAUAUAAAGUGACUGUUCUUUUACCUUUUGACUUGUAUAAUGGUAUUUCAAAUGGAGGCCACAGGGCUGAGUCGUAGCUCAGUGGCAGAGUGAUUGUGUAGCCUGCCCAAAGCCCUGGAUUCAUCCCCUAGCACUGUAGAGUACAGCCAUGAUGGGAAUCAUUUAACUUCUUCCCCUUUCCAGAAGUAGGUAUUAGCAAACAGAGCUGAUUAGCACCAGCCUGAAUGAACAGCCAGAGAGGGUCUUGGCCGAGGAAGCCUCUUGAUGAGUAGGGACAAUAAUCUUGGCUGCUCACUGGUAAGUCCCAGGGCCCUCCACCACAGCCUGGAUGCCCAGAUGUCUCCCUCAGGCAGAUGGAGAUGUCUCAAGAUCCCCGGUUAUCAUUUCUCUGGAACUCUGACAGGCCACUCCCCUUGAUGCAAUAUCUGGGUUUGGGCAAAAAGGAGGGUGCUGUGAAGUCCGCCCAUUUUGAGCAUUUGGGCCAGCUCUCCUUUUCAGAGCGAGUCAAGCUUCAUUGCAACUCUGACCUCAGCACCAGCAUCUGCUUCCUGAAGCAAGAUGGUCAGCAUGGACAGAAAGCUUCAUUCUGGAAGAAAACAGUGUUUCAGGGCAAGCUGAGUUUGCCAGAGUUCCUCACCAAACAGGCCAGCACGAUGGUUUUCCAAGGAGUCUGGACAAGUCCGAUCAUGUGGUUUUUCUACAGCAUGACCUCAGGUUUUCUCACUGAUGGAGCGACCAUUCUGCCUGCCCCACAAAACUUCUCUGUACGGUCAACCAACAUGAAGCAUCUGUUGAUGUGGAACCCAGUGACCCAGCCGGGGGAGACGGUAUUCUAUUUUGUGCAGUACCAGGGGGAGUACGAGAGCCUGUACAUGAGUCACAUCUGGAUCCCCAGCAGCCAGUGCUCACCUACCAAAGGUCUGGAGUGCGAUGUCACUGAUGACGUCACUGCCACAGUGCCAUAUAACUUCAGGGUCAUGGCCAUGCUGGGUUCGCAAUCUUCAGCCUGGAGCAACCUGGAGCACCCCUUUAAUCGGAAUGCAACUGUUCUCACCCCACCCAGGAUGGAGGUCACUGAACAUGGGCUGCAUCUGGUUGUUGAGCUGGAAGACCUGGGGCCCCAGUUUGAAUUCCUUGUGGUCUACUGGAGGAUGGAGCCCGGUGCCGUGGUGAGGCUUCCCACUCACCCUGCCCGGCCUUUGAGUCAAGCCUUAGAGAAGGCGCACGGCUUUCCAGGGGAACGUGUCAAGGUGGUGAGGAGUGGGGACAUUCCGGUGCACCUAGAAACCAUGGAUCCAGGGGUCAUGUACUGCGUGAAGGCGCAGGCGCUGGUGAAAACCAUCGGGAGGCACAGUGCCUUCAGCCAGCCUACGUGUGUGGAGAUGCAAGGAGAGUCUCUUCCGCUGGCACUGGCUCUGUUUGCAUUUGUUGGCUUCGUGCUGAUUCUUGUGGUUGCACUGCUCUCCGUCUGGAAGAUGGGCCAGCUGCUCCGCUAUUCUUGCUGCCCCGCUGUUGUCCUUCCUGACACCUUGAAAGUAACCAGCUCAUCCCAGAAGCUGAUCCGCUGCAGAAAGGAGGAGGUGGAUGCCUGUGCCGUGACCGUGCUGUCCUCGGAGCAUCUCUUUGGGGUCUGGAUCUCGCAGACUUGAGAAGCACUUGAUGGGUUAACAGCCUGGUCUGCAGGACCCAGAACCCUGGAUGGGGAGGGCUGUGUCUCUGUUUUCUCUGUGGAUAAAAGACAAGAGAGGUAACAGGAGCCUGCAGUGUGCCUGACUAGUAGCCACCAUCAGAUGCAACGUGGCGCGACUCAACCAAGAGUGACAGAAAUAGUCUGGAGAAGUGAUCCCCAGACCCACAGUCACCAUAUGCUCACUGAAUAACAGUGGAGAAAAUGGCUUCGUCCCUGCGGGACCCCGCUUUGUCACUGUAGUGGGGGCUAAGGAGACUGUUAAAAUGGUCUCUCCCCUCAUCUCUGUAUGCAUCCAAACCAGCACCUGCAGGUUGGCAAGGAGACUCGUGGCACUGUGCAGGACGGUGAGCUCCGAUCUUGGACGGUGGGGUAUACGUGAGCACUAAAAACGAUGGGUACUCAUCUGGACGCAUAAUCUUGGCAUUUAGGAGGAGCAGGAGAGAAAAUCGAGAGUUUGAGGCAGCCUGAACAACAUAUCGAAACCCCAUCUCAAGUAAACAACUGAACAGCCAAGAGUAAUAAAACUUUUAUCGAACCAGACGCAGACCUGUUUACCAGAGGAAACCUGAGGAGGGAAGGAAGAAUGGGAGCUCCAUUUCACUUCAAGCCAAAUCCUGAAAUGGUAGAUGAGCAAGCUUUGCUGCGGGCGACAUUGAGGGAGGCCAUAGGCAUCCAUGAUGGGACACACAUGGAUGCUGCUGUGGGUUCAUGGAAUGUCAUCAGAUCCUAGGACCUUGUCCACGGUAAAUCCCACAGGCUCUCUUCCUAAGGACAGUUCAUUCAGGGUUUCUCAGCCCCUCCCAGAUGCUCACCAGGAACCCCUGACUAGAGAGAGGCAUUGCCAUUUCUUACUACCUCAGGCAGGGAGGUAGGGGUGGGGGACAGCUUGAGUCAGAGGAAGAAGAAGGAAGGGAAGUGGCUUCAUCUCUCCCUGCAGAAUCAGGCUCACCACCCCCUCCCAACUCUGGAAUCUAGAGCUGGUUUGUCUCUGCCCCAACUUCCUGUGUCUCUCCGGCCAGACAAGAGUAGAAACAGUGUAACCGCUUCAACCCUGUGUCUACCUUGGACUCCAGGAGAAAGGGCAGCUAUGUAGGGGUGUGCGCUGAGACGCCCUGCCUUUCUACCGUUUUUGUUUAUUUCUGCCUUGACUCUUUUGUGAAGUGAAUGUUAAUUUUGUAUUUCAACUAGUCUGGAAACAUAUGUGCUAUUUACAGAAUUAAAAUUUGCAUACUAACAUUGGCCCUCAUCUUUUCUCCCCUCUCUUCCCUGCCCCCUUACCCCAGGGACCUCGUCCCUCUGUUACCUAAGAUCAGAAUAAAGAAAUAACCCUGGCCUUCA